CGGCCAUGAAUCGACGUGCCGUAUGUGUGUCUGUGACGCUGCGACGUAACCAACGGUCGUAAUGGGGCGGGGCUCGUAAACAGAAAUCUAAAUAAAGGAUCGUGCAGAAAUUUACCAGAAAGUAUUUCACUUUUUUCGACUCUUAAAAGUGUGAUGCCGAUACGACGAGCAGCAGCGACUCCCACCCAGGAGAAGGCCCCCUCGGCUGCAGAGAAAGAGCCUGAGGCCUCCCCAGAAGACUCACCCUCUGCUAAGGAGGAGCAGGCAGCAUCUUCAGCUGCAGUGGCAGAUGUGGAGGAGAGCGAGGCUACGGGUGAGACGGAGCCAGCCGAGAAUGGAGAGAAGGCUGAUGUAGAGGAAGAAGAAGAAGCUGAGGCAGAGAAAGAAAGCAAGGAGACCGAGAAGAAAGAUGACAAAUGCAAGGACUGCGCGGCUGGACAGUGUGCAACACACUGCUAUGUUCUCCUACUAAGGUUAAAGGAUGGCUACAAGUAUGGGAAAUCCAAAGUCAAGAAAGUGAAGCGGACGAUUCCUGUGUGGGCUAGUGUCACUGGCAGCAAAAAGCGUCCUGUAGCCAACUUUGCAGGCACUCAGUACAAAGUGGAUAACAUCCUCGUUGAAGCUGUUGCGUCUUGUAAAGACAAAUCCGGGCUUUCGUACCAGUCUGUCAUGAAAUAUAUUUUGAAAAAAUACCCGGACAUGGAGCUUGAUAGGAAGAAGUUUCUCAUAAAGAAAGCAAUGAAGAAACACUUGGAGAAGGGCACCAUCAAACAGCUCAGGGGUAAAGGCCUUUCAGGAACCUUUGCCAUUGGAAAGCAGCCCCCUUCUAAGAAAUCUGUUCAGAAGGCAAACAACCUGGGAGACGCUCUUCAUCUCAUCAUCACUCGGCUCUGUGAGCCCAAAGAGGCCUCGUACACUCUGAUCAAGAAGUAUCUGGAGCAGCAUUUCCCCAGCUUCAACAUUGAGAAGAGGCCAAAUGUUCUGAAGAAUGCUUUAGUGAAGGCAGUAGAAAAGGGACAACUGGAGCAAAUCACUGGGACGGGAGCCAAAGGGACCUUCCAGUUGAAGCGUAGUUGGAACCAGGUCCCGCCAAAGAGCACCAUGGACGAUGCCAUCACAGCUGCCAUCACAGCCAUGAAUGAACCCAAAACCUGCAGUACCACCACUCUACGCAGAUACUACGUAGAUGCCAACAAGGACGUGAAAGAAUACCACUUAGUGGCCAAUCUGAGGAGGACCUUGAAAAAGUGUAAAAUACUGGGAUGGAUGGAGCAGAUCACUGGUCAUGGCUUCAGGGGAACCUACCAGCUCUCGUUCCCUUUCUACCCAAGUCCUGCUGUUCUGUAUCCAGAGAAGUUCAAAGACCUUCAGAAUAAAAACGCGCAUCCUCCAACGAAGCGGAAGCGGACGUUUGACUCUUCUGAUGAAGAAGAGGAGGAGGAGGAGGAGUCGUCAGAAGAGGAAGAGGAGGAGGAGGAGGAGGAGGAGUCGUCAGAAGAGGAAGAUGAGCCUCCCCCCCCUAAGAGGAAGUCUCAAAAGAGGCCUCCACCACGGGCUCGCCGUCCUCCGCCAGCCAAAAAAUCCAGGAGCUCGAGUCAAUCGAAAGCUAGAGGACGUCCCCCUGCAAAGAAGUCCCCGGCUAAGAAAGCUACAGCGUCCCCAGCCAAGAGGUUGGGAAAGAAACCAGCAGCCACAAAGAAAGAAUCCACACCGCCAUCUAAAGCCACACCUGUCAAAAGAGGAGCACCUGCAAGAAGGCCCAAAACACCAGCCGUUAAAAAGCUUAACAAACGGGCGGCCAAGCAACCUGCGUCCACAGAGUCAUCAGCUGAAGAGGCUGUAGUCACAAAGGAGACAACAAGGUCCAAGCGAUCCAAGCCUGAAGAGUCAACCCCCAAGGAAACUGCAACUAAAAAGCCGAUGACCAAAAGUGGAUCCAGGCAUCCUGAGCCUGAAGAGUCGUCCCCAGAGAAGCCUGUAGUAAAAAGAGGAGCAAAGAGAAGCAAGCAGUCCACUCGGAAGUCAAAGAGAGGGAAGAACUGAGCCCAGGAACAGCUUCCACAAGUUGAGCUGCUCUGUUUAUGCAGCCCAGUGCGCGCGCUCUCUCUCUCUCUUUCUGUCUCUUUAUACCUUUUGUUUCCUCCAUUUUUUUUAAUGGGGCAGUAGUUUUUUAUUUCUAUUGUAGAAUAAGAAUGUUAUGUCAUCUUAACAUUAAGUUAACUGUACAUGGAGAGUUUCUGAAUUUCCUGUUAAUCCCCCUAUGUAGAAGCUCAGUUAGUGUUGCUGUCAAAAAUGACUUGUGAGCAGCUGCCAGCUGUGGUAACCAUAGCAGUAUCCGACAUACUGUAACUAGAGCCAUGUAGUGACUUCCGUUUUUUUUUUUUUUAAUAUCUCAUUCCCAUCCACUCUGUAGGUGUUGGCAGCACACAUUCCUAAUAUCACAUAAAGUGACAUGUGAGUGUUUUAGAGGGUUGAAAAAUGUCAAUUUUAAGUCAAUCAUAUAAGUUGAAACAAAUACAACAGUUGCUUAUAUUGAUAUUUUAUAAAACACAUUUUAAGGCUG